GUUUGUUUGUUGUUGUUGUCAUAGUUUACUGUGAUGGAUGUAAGAGCAAUUAUUAUACUCUGGUUUCUGGUACAACAUGGCGUAGUUGCUACUGUGCCAUAACAAAUCCUAGUCUCCUAUGCAUCUCCUUUUUUCCUUUCCUUCACCCAUCUUGCUGACAAGAAUGAGUUUAGUCACAUGAGCCACAGCACUUGCUUUGUCUUAAUAAUGCAGGAACACUGUAGUAGUGUACAUCUUGCUGUAGCAGUAUUCAUUGUUAUAACGAUUGAAGGUGCAAUUCACACCAUUAUGCCUAUCACUUCUUGGACCUUGUGUAAUAUAGUGUUGUCUUGCAAUGCAUGCUGAUUUAAGUUUUACAAAUUCAUACAAGGCUUCGCUUUCCAAGAAUGUUGGAAUAAAAACAGUGUAGAGUGCCUUUCCAUUGCAUGGUGGCUUCUCAAAUCACUCACAUUAUUCCUUACCUUGGCAAAAGUAUGCUUCCUGACAUAACCCACAUGGUGUUUUUUUUAACUUUGUUGGUAGGUAAUUAGAUUUUUAUAUUUGUGCAUAUUUUGAAUUCUGUGUAUUUCUCAAUGAUUUUUCUACUUUCAUUUUUCAGCAGUAUGUUCACCUGUGGGUUAUUUGAUAAACAAAUGCAAUGAGCAGCUUGCUGACUCUUCAGGAGUUAUUUCCUAUAUAAAUAAUUUUAAUCUAAUGUUUUAUUAAAAAGUGGCACAUAGAUUUUUAAAAAUACAGAAAAAAUACAUGUACUUUCCAGUAGGAAUGAUCAUGGAACGGUCUGCUAUAUAUAAAUUAUCCCAUAUGAUAGGUAUUGAAACAUAAUAAAAGCUUUGGAUGUGUGUGUGUAAAUUAUUUUUUAACCUACUGGUAAAUUCUGUUAUUGUAAUCCAUGUGCAAACUCUAACACCCAUCUAUGAUUUGGAACAAAUUCUAAUCUCAGUUUUUUACAUAUGACUAACCAUGUCAUUUGUUCAUACCUCCCAUUCUCCAUGCUGUGUUCUGCUCUUGGGUUAUCUUUGAUCUCUGAGACAGUUACUUUAAGGAUCUGUGAACAUUUGUUUGACAAGAAAUAGGUGCUUUUUCAGCAUCAGCCCCAUCUUUUACAAAGUUCUUGUUCGUUGAUGAUUCCUGCUUUUAUUGUCACUCUUACUGGACAAACGUUUACAAGCAGUUGAAUCUUGGGCCUCUUAAAAAACCAGUCUUUAAUUUUAUCCAUCCACAAUUGUGUUGCUUUGCAUUUGCUACCAUUCUUGUUCUGUAUCUCCUUGAGAGCAGGUAAUGAUUGUUCUACUGAUAGAACUUAUCUGACCCAAAGAGAUAGGGAAAUCAGCACACAAAGCCAAUGGGUUAGGUUCCUUUCCUCAUCUGCCAGCAUUCUCAAGAUAUGAAUAUAUUCUUUCCCUCAAUCCCAGUUUCUUCAAUUUUCAUUCUAAAGAGCAACAAUUUUUUAAUCAUCACGUGAGAUACAGAUUUAUUCUCAGCGAUUUCUUUUUCACAGACUUGGGUCCUGGCCUCUGAUUUCUCCAUCCGUUGCUCCACAUUCACCAUGCGCCUGUCUAGUUUUCCAACUUUUGAUGAGAGGUUCUCUACCUUGCAUUCCAGUGAGGACAAUAUGUCUCGCAUUGCCCUGAAUUUACAGGAAGUGACCAUCAGCUUAAGGGGGGAUCUACUGUGCUGCACUGUGGAGAAGCCCAUCGAAAUCAUGAAGAUAGACAAGAUGAUGACCUCUUAUGCCAGGGCGGAAGAGCAAAUGGACAAAAGACAUUGUUCUUGUUUGGGGCAUAAUUUGCUCUAAUUUGCAGUUGCAGAUAUGUUGGGUAACUUGAAUGAGCCCAUCAAUAUGACAACGCUAAACUGUCAAGAUAGUAGCCUAUUCAUGUUCUGUCUCUCACUCACAUCUUUCAUCCACUACAUUCUUUGCCCUGUAAAGACUACAUUAUAAUUCAUUUCAAACUCAAAUUGUAGCACAAUUCAGCAGUUAUAAAGAAUGCACCGGUUUGGAGAAAUAACUCUAAAUGUUCACUGUAGUAGACUGCAGAAACGAAAGCCAAAUCCAAGUUACUUAACUCUUCUUUCAAAGUAAGCAUUAGUAUAUUAGAGUAGGUCUCUCUGUACUUUGUGAUCUCUGUGUACAACAGAGACUUAACAUGUUCUUGUGCACUGUAGCUCAUUCCUGUAUAUUUUGCUCAUAGUUGGUACGUGGUUAGUUUGUUAGGGGCAGUUCUUUAACAUAAAUCUGCCAGACUCGGGCUUAAAAACUUGUCUCUUGUUUGGUAAUCUCAAAUGGCCACAUAUUUUGGACAAAUAAUGAGCAAAAGAAAUUCGGGAUGUAGAGGGAGGUAGUUGACCAUCAAAAGAGAGCAGCUUGUAGGGUUUUUUUCUGUUUUAAUAGUGUACUUGAAUGAACUACAGUACAUAUUGCAUAUGUUAUUCCCAUUUUCUUUUUAUUUGUACUGCUUUAAUAACAGGUAACCAUUUUCAGACAAGGAAUAGUCAUUGCAUUGAAUUUACGUAUCUCUGUAAAUAUGCUUAAAGGAUUAGGCAAGAUGGGUAGGAGGAAAUCUCUCAUUUUAUAGCAAAGUUAAAAGGAGAUUUCAUAGAUGAAGUGUAACUUGCGUCAUAAAAUGUUCCAUACUAGUGUAAAUAUUGGCUGUGUUAAAAUCCAAACUGUAACAACUUCACAUAGCUGCUUUUCCCUUUCUAACUAUGGUAGCACUUUUCCAAUUCCCCACAGAAGAAAUUUGUGGGAAAUGAGUUCUUUGAAAAGUGCAGUAAGUGUACAUGUGUGCAUGGCUCUCUUUCUACCAUGAAAAAAGUUGCCACACUGUGGGGUUGGUUGAGGAGCCAAGCAUAAGUUCUAUGCUUUCACAAGGCCCUUUCUUCUUGGAUUUCACCAAGAUCAACAUGCAAAGGAGAAACAUUUAGAUAGAGCCCUCAUAAGUAAUAACAGCAAGGUGGGACAUGUUUGCUUUAGACAAUCUUCUCAUAAGAUUUUCACAGUUGUAGCUUAUGAAACCAAUUUGUAGACUAAAACAAAAAAAAACCAUUUUGGGCUCUACAUUCCAAUCUUCUUUCUGUUUGGGUCAUUAGCCUACACCUUUGUGUGGGAUAUUUGGAGGGGGGAACCCUACUGUGGAUUUAUUUAUGAGAAGUGAUAUUUGAAUUGUUACUAUUUUUAGUUAUCACUCUGGAAUGCUGGCAUAAAAUCAUUAGAUUGCUAGAUAAUACAAAUUGGAAAUCUAUUUUAAUAAAUUAUCAAAUCCAUAGUAGGGCAAUACUUUUAUUUGGCUUACGAAGGUCUCACAAAAUAGUGUGAAAGCUUUUAUGUACUUCAAAACUCUUCAUCAGGAUGGAUGAUAAACUCAGCAAUUUGGGUUUGGGGUGGGGGAAGCCAGAGAAGAAAAACAAAUGAGUUGAUGUUGAAGGCAUGUUGCCUGCAUACGAUCAGUCUCAAGAUGAAAUUGGGAGGGAGACAGCAGACAUUCAAAUAGACUGUUUAUGUGCUAUGCAGGUAUCAGGUUUCUCAAAGGCCUCCUGAGAACAAGAAGGAUUAAUAAUGGCUAGUCCCCCAUCUGGAACCACAACAACUGGCGGUUACCCAGCAGGAGCAACUGAACUGGACUCACCAGAUGAAGAUAAUCCAGAGUCUACACAAGUGAAUGGAAUUGACUUGGAAAUAUCUGUGCAAUCAAUGGCUGAAAUUGCAUCUUGCAGUUAUGAAGCCAGGCAAGUUGGUAUAAAGAAUGGAAUGUUCUUUGGACAAGCAAGACGAUUGUGUCCAAAUCUUCACGCUGUGCCCUAUGACUUUCAGGCAUACAAAGAAGUUGCACAAAGCAUGUAUGAAACCCUGGCAAGCUAUACUCAUAACAUUGAAGCAGUCAGUUGUGAUGAAGCACUAGUUGACAUCACUGAAAUCAUUGCAGAAACCAGAUUGACAGCGGAAGAAUUAGCAAGUGUUAUCCGUUCUGAAAUAAAAGCCAAGACCAAGUGUCCUGCUUCCAUUGGAAUAGGUUCAAACAUUUUGCUAGCUAGAAUGGCAACGCGCCGAGCAAAGCCAGAUGGACAAUAUCACUUAAAGCCAGAAGAAGUGGAUGAUUUUAUCAGAAGCCAACUUACUAGCUAUCUUCCAGGCGUUGGUAGGACAAUGGAAUCCAAGUUGUCAUCUUUGGGUAUAAAAACUUGUGGAGAUCUGCAGUGUGUCACAAUGUCAAAGCUUCAGAAAGAAUUUGGCCCCAAAACAGGACAAAUGCUCUACAGAUUCUGCCGUGGUUUGGAUGAUAGGCUGGUUCAAAGAGAAAAAGAGAGAAAAUCUGUUUCAGCUGAGAUAAACUAUGGUAUAAGAUUUACCCAGCCAAAAGAAGCAGAAGCUUUCCUUUUGAGUCUUUCAGAAGAGAUCCAACGUAGAUUGGAAGCUGCUGGUAUGAAAGGCAAACGAUUAACUCUCAAAAUUAUGGCCAGAAAAGCUGGGGCUCCAGUAGAACCUGCAAAAUUUGGAGGCCAUGGAAUCUGUGACAGUAUUGCCAGGACUGUGACUCUCGACCAUGCAACAGAUAGUGCCAAAGUGAUUGGUAAAGAAAUGUUGAACAUGUUUCACACGAUGAAGUUGAAUAUUUCUGAUAUGAGAGGGGUUGGAAUUCAAGUACAUCAGUUAGUUCCAGCUAAUAAAACAACUUCAGCUGUUUCUUCUCACUCAUCAGUACAUUCUGGAUUUUUACCUGGUGGAGCUAAUUCCAUUAUUGAUCUUCUGCAAGUCUCAAAAGGAAUAAAGAACUCAGAACAACAGCACAAGGAAGUAUUUGUGGCUGCUGUGGAUGUUGAAAUAUCUUCCACAUCAAAAGCAUGUACAAUGCCGGCGUCAUCUUAUGCCAAUCGUGUUGCCAACAAAUCUGAGCCUGCAGUCAGUCUGAAUGGUUUGCACACGCCUAUCAGUAUAAAAUCAACACUUAAUUUAAGUAUUGAGGUACCAUCACCUUCCCAGCUGGAUCAGUCUGUUUUGGAAGCACUCCCACCUGAUCUUCGAGAUCAAAUAGAGCAAAUGUAUUCUCUUCAGCAAGCCGAGACGUGUGAUAGUAGCAAGAAGGAGCCUGUUAAUGGAUACAAUACUAGUUUUCCUCCACAGCCUGUUGGGGCAGUUCUCUUACAAAUACCAGAUGUCAAAGAACCAAGCAAUGAUACAGGAAUAAAUGUAAUAGCACUGCCAGCAUUUUCACAGGUGGACCCUGAAGUUUUUGCUGCACUACCAUUAGAGUUGCAGGAAGAGCUGAGACAGGCCUAUGAUCAAAGACAGAAACCUAUAGGGACAGUUUUCCAGCAAAGUACUACUGCAAAGAAUCCUUUGCCGAACUUGAAGCCUGUUACGAAAAACAAGAAAAGAAGUAGGAAAAAAAACCAGGUCAGCCCAGUAAAAAAGAACCACAGUCCUUUAAAAAACAAGCUCUUUGGGAGCCCUGCAAAAAGUAUGGCAAUUUCUGUUGGGAGCCCACAAAAAUUAAUAGAUGACUUCUUGAAACAGGAAGGAGGAACCACUGACAACUCUCAGGUGGAAUUGGCACAAACCACAGCAAAUACUUCCACCCCAUCUGUUUCACAGCCACUAUUGUAUGGCACUAAUAAGGCCCCUAAUCUAGCUGGAGCUGUUGAAUUCAAUGAUGUAAAAGCCUUACUCAAAGAAUGGAUUACAACCAUAGCAGAUCCCAUGGAGGAAGACAUCCUACAAGUUGUGAAGUACUGUACUGAUUUGAUAGAAGAAAAGGAUUUAGAAAAGUUGGAUCUGGUCAUCAAAUAUAUGAAAAGGCUAAUGCAGCAGUCCGUGGAAUCAGUUUGGAACAUGGCGUUUGACUUCAUUCUUGACAACGUUCAAGUGGUUUUGCAACAAACUUAUGGAAGCACAUUGAAAGUUAUCUGAACUGAUUUUAUAGGAAGGAUGUGGUGAGAGCCUGGAGCCCUCUGGUAGCUGUGCCAUAAGUGCUUGUGAGGUAUUUGCAAAGUGCAUGAUAGUAAAGCUAAGUUUUUCUAAGUUGACUUUUUUUUAAAGAAGAAAGUGUUUUGUACAUUUCCUUUCAAGAAAGUGCCAAAAUUUGUCAGUAUUGCAUGUAAAUAACUGUGUUCAAAUUCUUUUAUUGUAGUAUAGAAUCUAUUUACAAAAUGUUGGUUUAUAAAAGUUUUAUGGAUUUUUACAGUGAAGUGUUUACAGUUGUUUAAUAAAGAACUGUAUGUAAUUUGUACAGAUUCUAUUGUCUUAGUGCUCCAGGUCUGUUAGAGGUAACUCUCUAAGAGGUUAUUCAAGCAACUGUUUAGUCAAUAAUGCGAUAAAAUAGCAUUAAUGUUUAAACAUUUAUAUAUUCCACUUCCAUCCAUUCAAGCUUACAGACAGCAUACAAUGGCAAACAUACCUGUUUAAAGUGGUGGUAUGACAGAAAUACAGUUCUUUUAAAAAGACUCUUUCACCCUUGUAACCUUUUCCCAAAGUAUGCUUGUUUGCAUAGUGACUUUAGGAGCAGACAAGCAUGGACCUAAGGAGUUUCUAGGUGUUGCUUCUACUGUGUUGACUAAAGGCAGUGCUCUCUUCCAGUUUCAUGUAAGUAUAGGAUAAUUUCCAGCAAAUUUCAGCAUCCUAAUGAUCACAGCUUAUUCCCUUUUAUUUAGUGAUUCUGCUAUUAAAAGCCCAGUGAAAUAUUUGAAGGCUGCAUGUGAAAAGAGGCUAAAGAUACGCAGUGAGAUUAUGGCACAGUGUUGUUUAACAUAGCUCAGUUGUAUCCACUGUGGUGCCCUCCCAUUAACCCAGACUUACUGGCUGUGUUGUUGUGGAAAGGAUGUUGUUGGCUUACCUGUACCUACUUCAUUGUCCUAUUUGACUAGUAGAUAUUGGGGGCCAGUGGGAAAUUCUACCUUCCCUUCCACUCUCCCAUGAGUGGCUGCAUCCCAGAAUUUACAAGGGUGAGGGACCAGACAUGGUUGAAUAUUUGCAACUAGAUACCCACAAACCCCCUAACCCUUCUUGGUUAUGUUUAGCUUGAAAGUUUUCAGCAUAGUGCAGGCUAGGAUACUGUCAUGGCUUAAGCUCCCAAUUGUUCUUAGUUGCAUGUAGGAUCCUGUCAAGAUCUGCCUUCCAUGUAGAAAACUUGGGCAGUGCUGCUCACACUACAUAGGAUCCUCUCUGGCUUGUACCAUCCUAAAGGUGAUUUUGACUGUGGUUAUAUACACAGUUACCCAAUAAUGUCCCCCUGAAUUCAGUGCCUAUAAAUACUGCAUUGCAGUGUUAAUCUACUAGUCCCCUUACCAGAUAACUGAACAGUUCUUGUAGAGCUGUUCGCAGUAAGACAAGACUGCAGCAGUCAUAUAUAGUACCAAUUAAGUUGGCAGCUGAACGAAUCAUUAGUAUCAGCCACUGGUAACAAUUUAACUUGACAGUUAUGUUGCAUGCUGUGCUGCCUUUAUUUAGAAGGUAAUUUAACAGGAUAAUGUCCAUUUUCCUUUAUUUUGCAGGUCAACAUUAUUACAGUUUGACAAACUGUGCAAGCAAAGGCAGCCAACUAUGCUUUACAUCAUUGUUUCACACAAAGCAAACACAGAUACCCAAUUACCUAAUUUGUCUACCUUAAAAAAUCCCUAUAGGCACAAAGCAGAAAGAAUGUUGAGAAA